AUGGCAAGCGAUAGUGGUGCCGAUGAUAGCGAUGAAUUCUUCGAUGCUGAAGAUACCAAUCAGUAUGUUGUUGGUAUUCAUCGAGAUUUAGUGAAAAGUUGGAAUGAUAUUGCAAAAAAAAAAUACGGCCGAACUAAACUUCCUGCACAAACGGUUGAUCGAUCACAGAUAGGUGUGUGGAGUAUGCUUAAACAAUGCAUCGGAAAGGAACUGUAUAGAAUGACCAUGCCAGUUGUCUUUAAUGAACCUCUUUCAAUGCUACAACGUUUUGCGGAAUGUGUUCAAUACGCAUAUUUACUUGAUAAAGCUGAUGAAUCUAUUGAUCCCAUAGUGCGAAUGCAGUGUGUUGCUGCAUUUGCUGCAUCAACGUUUUCGAGUAAUCUUGAUCGUAUAGCAAAACCGUUCAAUCCAUUGCUUGGCGAAACGUACGAAUUUGUUCAUCAUGACUUACCAUUUCGUUAUACAAGUGAACAAGUUAGCCAUCAUCCACCUAUAACUGCAUUUAUAUGUGAACCAAAAGAUGGUGGCAACCAAUGGAAAUAUUAUGGAAGUAUUCUACCAGACGCUAGAUUUUCAAUGACAUCAAUGCAAAUAGAUCCAAAAGGAUCAUUAGUACUUGAGCUUAAUAGACAUAAAGAAACGUAUACGUGGUCAAGUGUAACUUGUACAGUUCAUAAUAUUGUUGUUGGCAAACUCUGGUUUGAAUAUCAUGGUACGAUGGAAAUAAUAAAUCAUUCGAAUAAAAUGAAAGCUAUCAUUCAUUUUAAACCAUAUUCAUCAUCAACAAAAGAAUUACAUAAAUUGGAAGGUUAUAUUAUUGGUGCCGAUGACCGUAAACUGCGUGGCUUGUAUGGCUAUUGGACAGACGCAUUAUUUUCAAUUGAUAUCGAACAAUUUGAAGCAUUUUUAAAACAACAACAAAAGAAUGGGACAAGUGCUGUGAUAACACCUCAAGAACAACUUGCAAAAUCAACAGCAGCAAUAGAUAUUAAUAAUGUAGAGGAAGAAGAAGUGCCCGUUGUUGAUCCAACACAUGAACUACUUAAUCUUCCAGCUGAUUCAAUAACUCUUUGGCGAACAACACCGAGACUAGAUUAUGCAGCUCAAUAUUACAAUUUUUCAUUAUUUACAAUGGCACUUAAUGAAUGGACAGAGAAAGAUAAGAGACUACGCCCACGAUUGCCACCGACAGAUUGUCGAUUUCGUCCUGAUAUUCGUAGGCUGGAAGAAGGUAAUAUUGACCAAGCUGCGCAAGAAAAAAAUCGUCUAGAAGAGAAACAACGUGCGACCAGAAGAGCGAUGGAAAGUAGUCAAGAAAAAUGGGAACCAAGAUGGUUUAGUCUAGUUAAACAUAAAGUAACCGGAAAUGAAAUAUGGCUCUCAAACGAUAAAUAUUGGCAACGAAAUUGGAAUAAUUGUCCAGACAUCUAUUAG